AUGUUUCUCUAUUCUAGCGAUGGAAAACUAAAGGAGGGAGAUCAGAUACUGGCAAUUAAUGGUCAGCUGUUGGAUCAGAGCGUCAGUCACCAGCAGGCCAUCGUUCUCCUGCAGCAAGCGUCGGACCGCAUGAGCCUCACUGUCGCCCGUGGGCCUGUCCCGCAGCUCUCCAGCCCAGUGGGUCGGUACGUGACUCAAAUCGACCUGCUGAAGCCGGUAUCGGGCAGUUUGGGCUUCAGUGUUGUUGGCUUGUGUAGUGAGAACCGUGGAGAACUUGGCAUCUUCAUUCAGGAGAUACAGGCUGGAAGUGUGGCAUACAGUGAUGGAAAGCUAAAGGAAGGAGAUCAGAUACUGGCGAUUAACGGUCAGCUGUUGGAUCAGAGCGUCAGUCACCAGCAGGCCAUCGUUCUCCUGCAGCGAGCGUCAGACUGCGUGAGCCUCACUGUCGCCCGUGGGCCUGUCCCGCAGCUCUCCAGCCCGGUGGUGUCCAGGACUCCCAGUGCUGCUAGCACACUUUCAGCUCACUCCAGUGCGACCCACUGGACUCACGUGGAGACGAUCGAGCUAGUUAACGAUGGAACCGGUUUGGGCUUCGGGAUUGUUGGCGGUAAAACCACCGGCGUUAUUGUCAAAACCAUCCUACCUGGAGGCAUCGCUGACCAGGACGGUCGCUUGCGCAGUGGGGAUCACGUCCUGCGGAUCGGUGAUACGGAUCUGUUUGGUCUGAGCAGUGAGCAGGUUGCUCAAGUGUUGAAACAAUGUGGGAACAGAGUCCGACUCCUCAUCAGCCGAGGGAAAGCGGAUGAUGCUCCUCCCACUCCUGUCACCUUGCCGACCGUCACUGAGCAACAGGGUUUUGAGGAAGAAGAGCAGGGCUCUUUUGAUGUGAGCUUGACGAAGAACGCUCAGGGUUUAGGCAUCACCAUCGCGGGGUAUGUGGGUGACAAAACCUCAGAACCCUCUGGGAUAUUCGUGAAGAGCAUUUCGAGGGACAGCACGGUGGAGCAAGACGGCCGAAUUCAUGUCGGGGAUCAGAUCAUAGCUGUGAGUUCUUUCACAAAGAAAGUGUCAGAGAAGACUCUUGUUUAUGCAUGUUUUGUGUUGCAGUGCUUAUCAGAAUCAAAAGGCUUUUAUGCUGACAG